AUGGAUACACUGGAGAAGUCUGCCGGGGGCAUCGCUGCCCCGGCCCUGGAGCAGGUUGAAAACACGACUGUCCACACCGUAACCGGCAGCGAAGCCUUCAACCAGGCCCUCAUCCAAGAGAAACCAAACCUCCUCGGCCGCACUAACCUCCUCCUCUGCGCCUGCCUCCUCGUCGGUUUCUGCUGCCAGACCAUGAACGGCUACGACGGGUCCCUCUUCAGCGGUCUCCUCGCAAACACCAUCUUUCUCGACCACUUCAACGGCCGCGACGCAGGCAUCUGGGCCGGUCUUGUUUCGGCCAUGUACCAGAUCGGUGGCGUGAGUGCCCUCCCCUUUGUUGGUCCUGCUAUCGACACCUGGGGUCGUCGCGUCGGCAUGUUCCUGGGUAGUUUCUUCAUUGUUCUCGGUGCUGUCGUCUCGGGAACGACGAUUGCAAACGCGAGUGUCGGCCAGUUCAUGGGCGGGCGAUUUCUGCUCGGAUUCGGCGUCUCCAUCGCCGCUGCCGCGGGACCGAUCUAUGUCGUUGAGACGACGCAUCCGGCGUGGAGAGGAAUGGUCACGGGGUACUGCAACACGUUCUGGUUCAUCGGCUCGAUUCUCUCGUCUGGUGCUGUCCGGGGUUCCAUCACCCUCGACACCAACCAGUCCUGGCAAAUCCCGCUGUGGCUCCAGCUUGUCUUUGCGGGGAUCAUCAUCUGCACUUGCUGGAUUAUUCCAGAGUCUCCGCGGUGGUUGUAUGUUCAUGGGAAGCAGGAAAAGGCGAUUGAGGUCCUUACCAAGUGGCAUGGUCUUGGAAAUCGUGAUUCCCUGUGGGUUCAGCUGCAAAUCUCUGAAUAUGAGGCGCACCUGAACAUGAACGGUUCCGACAAGAAAUUCUGGGACUACCGCAGCCUCUUCAACAAACGCAGCAGCUUCUACCGCCUGUGCUGCAACUGCUUCUUCGCCAUCUUCGCGCAAUGGGCCGGCAACGGCGUGCUAACCUACUACCUCGUCCCCGCCCUCCGCGGCGCCGGCUUCACCUCGGACAUCACCCAGGCAAACAUCAACCUCGGCUACGCCUGCUUCCAAUUCUUCUGGGCGCUCGUCGGCGCCGCCUUUGUUGAUACCCUCGGCCGGAGACCGAUGAUGCUCUUUGGCAUGUCCGGGUGCUGUCUUGUUUGGGUUGCGAUUCUCUCGGCCUCGAGUCAAGUGAAUAAACCUGACGGAAGCCUAAACAGCGCAGCGUCGAACGCGACCCUCGGUUUCAUUUUCAUUUUCGGAGCCGUAUUCUCGUUCUUCCUCACCCCGCUCCAGGCACUGUAUCCCGUCGAGGUGCUGUCGUACGAGAUGCGCGCCAAGGGUAUGGCAUUCUCUUCGCUAGCUGUGAAUGCCGCCGGUCUCCUCAACCAGUUUGCGUGGCCCGUGUCGCUGGAUAAUAUCGGGUGGAAGACGUACAUUGUCUUUGUGGUGUGGGAUGCCAUCCAGACGGUUAUUAUGUACUUGUUCUUUCCCGAGACCAAGGAUCGCACGCUCGAGGAACUCGAUCAGAUCUUUGAGGCGCCAAACCCCGUCAAGGCGUCGAUUCAGAAGACGGCUAUUGCGGUUGAUAGCAAUAAUCAGGUUAUCGGGAUCAAGGAGGAUGCGUAG